CUGCAAAUGGUGGGAUCGUCUUGUUGUGUCCGCACCUUAUCACUUGCAGGUUUCCCUCACCUGACUCUGUCCCCACUCUGCUUCAACUCCUUUCCUCCAUUAAUGGCUUCCCUUAACCAAUUUUUUACUUCCCCCAAUCAAUCCUAUUAAUCCCCUGUUCAGUUUGACAAUUGGGUCAUUUCAUUCCAUGAACCCCCUCUCUGUUUUCCAAAGGACACCUUCUACUUUAAAGAUUCAACACGUUUCCAAGAACCCCAUUUGUGUCAACUCUGUUAUUUCUUAAGCUACGUGGUCCCUUUUCAGUUUUCACGACAAAAUUUUUUGCUUACCGCCCUUCCACCUUCUUCCUCGACAACCCCUUAUUGUGUUCCUCUGACAGUUUCAGUACGAUGAUGAUUCACUUAACCCAUCUUCAAUUCUCCACCCAUUCAUUCUGUUUCUCUUACUAAGUGUUACUAUCUGAUUAGACUCAUGAUUUUGUUAAUUAUGUUUUUUGAUUUUCUUUCCACCGACUCCAACUUUCGAUGCUAUCCUUGGAAUUGAUUCCUCUGCUUUUCUUUUUCUUCCUUUUCUUUCUUUCCAUGACACUUGUUACUCUUUUUCGUUCAACACGCACACAGCUGCACCGCUUUUCGAGCUUAAGAUCUAGAGGAAGGAUAAGAAAAGAUAAAGUGAAGGAAUUUGAAAGAACGAGCUCUUUUUCUCUUCAUUCUUUCGUUUUGGGAUUCUGGGUUUUGAAGAUAAUUGAUAUAUUGACGCGAAGAUGGGAUCUGGGGCUGGAAAUUUCUUUAAAGUUGUUCUUAAAAACUUCGACGUUCUUGCUGGGCCUGUUGUCGGUCUUGUCUAUCCUCUAUAUGCGUCAAUUAGAGCCAUUGAGACCAAAUCUCAAGUCGAUGAUCAGCAAUGGCUUACUUAUUGGGUUUUGCACUCCAUGAUCACCCUCUUCGAGCUGACCUUUGCCAAGGUUCUUGAAUGGAUCCCAAUAUGGCCAUAUGCGAAGCUGGUUCUGUUGUGUUGGUUGUCAGGCUUCAGUGGUGCUUCGUAUGUGUACGAGCAUUACUUAAGACCUCUAAUGGUCAACCAACAGAGAGUCAAUGUUUGGUAUGUUCCUAAAGGGAAGGAUCCUUUGAACAAGCGUGAGGACAUUAUCACUGCUGCAGAGAAGUACAUUCAGGAGCAUGGAACUGGUGAACUUCAAUACAUGCUCGACAAUGCUGAAGUACACAGGAGAAAUAGCAGCAGUUAUUAUGGUUAUGCAGAGGACUAUGGAUACUGAAACUGAUGCCACUUCAGACUAGAAAUAAGAGUGGAAACUCAAACAAAGCUGAAAGUUUUGUCCUUUUUGUGUUUUUAUUUCUCUCGCGUCUGUGAAAAACUAAGUCUCUUUUCAUUGUUGUAAAUGUUUUUUGUCGUUCUUUUGUAAUAUCAAAGCACAUUCAAAUAAACAUCAAGAGAAGUGUAGUCAUUAUCAAAGUUCAUUCAACAAAGCUGGUCAAACUUAAUAAAA